UGCUGUAGAGCCGGGGUCGGAGUUCGUGGGUAAAUCCAAGAUGGCUGCCGGCGCGCCCCGGACCCCCCACCGCCUCUGACACUGGUGGCUGUGUGUAUGUAUGUGUGUGACAGCGCCAGGAGGAGGCGGGACCCCGUUAUCAAUACCUCGGGCUAUCCUUAACCUCCUGCUCCGAGCUUGUGCUCACGGCGACCCCUCCUCUGCGCGUAGAUGAGGUUUGCCACGAUCCUGGGAAUCCGCAUCAAGCCCGGAAGCAACAACAAAGAGUAAAUCUAAUAUAAAACAGGCCAACUACACUGGGCUUUAUGUUUACAAUCAGUGGAUGAUCUGCUGCCAGCUGUUGCAUUCAUUGACAUUCUGGACAUGAGGACAGUCACUGGUUUGAUAAUAAAUGCUACACUAAGAUAUACUAAUUGUGGAACUCGCUAUGACAUGCAGGGGUGGACAGUUUUAUGCUGCGUUUAGGAACCAGAAGAAAAAAAUACAUGCUGGAUGUAUUAAACUUCAGCUGGUUGUUAAGGAUUUUUUUGGCAGACGUUGCCCUAGUUUAUACAUACUUUAAAUGGACCUAAUAAAUCUUUAGUAUCUUUAUUUUUGAACCAAACGUUGUUCUUUGUUGUGGUCAGGUUUUCUUUCAGUUACCGGAACGAUGAACCAUUCUUUAGAAAACUCCAUUCCAUAUGAAGACUAUUUGAGGAUGAAAGCCCAGACAAUACCACCUCAUCGUAUGAAGGAAUUUUUAGACUCCCUCAAUGGGAAGGGUACAGAAGAAUUGCAGCAGUUUGUACAUUCUCCAAUAUCUGUGUAUCAGCAGAGGAACCAUUAUUUUUAUAUGGACAGUACUGACGUGGCAGGUUCUUUGUUAGAGCUCGCUAGGCCCAUUGCAUCACCUUUGCAACAUGCUACUGUCAGUCCUGGUGUUACCCUUGAUCAACAUCACAUUCCUGUGCACCAUGUACAAUUAAGACAAGGACACCAUAUGGAUGUGCAGACAAGCCAGUCAAGUAAAGCCUUGGAGCAUCAGGUGGAGGGCCAACCUGUCACUGAAGGACAGAGCUCUAGCAUUGCUGGUACUUCUAACUCACAUGAUAGAAGGUCUUGCUCAUCAGGGUUAUCACAGCCAGUGAAAAAAAGAAAGUUUGACUUGCCAAUUGAGGACAGUUACUCUAUUAACCAUUCAUCUUUACAGAAUAAUUCUGCAGUGCUUGCUCUGCCUGUUCAGAACCAGCAACAAACUUACAUUCCUCUUCGCCAAGAGCUGCUAACCGUGGAUAGUAGUCAGUUGUAUGGAUUAGUGCCUGCAAGUACGUCAACAGCUGGGCAACUACCAAAUGUAGAGUCGUGGGCAAUAUUUUCUGCCCAUGCUACUUGUCCAGAGUCUCAGACAAUUAUGCACACAUCUGUUCCUCAGGACAGCAGUGGUGGUGUACAAAUGGGGGAGAUUCCAUUGAGUACAAGCAGUAUAAAAUUAGAGGAGAGUAAAGAGAGCUUUGAAGCAAAAAAGAAUAUAUCUGAAAAAUCUGUGCAUGCUCCAGGUACAUCUGGAUACCCAAUGCAAUUAAUCAACAUGAAUGGGAAUAUUCAAAUUCCAUUGUCUGUACAAAGUGGGGGAAGAGUCUAUCAGCCAUCCAAAUACUGGGAUCAACAAGUACAGUCUCAAGGCUUACAGUGUUCUCCAUCUGAGACCCACCUACGAUUGCAAAAUAAUGCUGAUUUUCCUUGCACACUUAAGCCAGAUGAAGGAGCUUUAUUUUGGAAGACCUGGGCACAGAUUAAAAAUGCGGAAACUCAGAAAGAGGUUGAAAACAAGAUGUUGCGACCUGGAAGUAGAAGACCAAUCAUUUAUAAGGAGGAUGUUCUAUCUGUGCCAAUAGCAGAGUUAAACUAUGGAUUGUGCCUAAUGACCAAAGAAGCCAGAAAGCAUGAUGGUUCCCCAUAUGAUGCUGACAUGUUGUAUUAUCUAUUUCUUUGUAUGCAAAAGCACAUGUUUAAUAACAACCGUAUUGAUAAUGUCUUUGCUGAUCUUUACUAUUCUAAAUUUCUGGAGAAGCUUCACGAAGUCCUUAAAGGAUGGUGCCCACGUGUAAAUCCCUUUGGUUACAUAAUACCCACUUGUGUGUCUGAAGAAAUGUUGUGGGACUGUAAACAGCUUGGAGCUCAUUCUCCGACUACACUACUCUUUACUUUAAUGUAUUUCAACACCAAGUACUUUGUUUUGAAAACUGUAGAGCAACAUUCACAAUUGGCUUUCUCUAAAAUCACAAAGCAAACUAGGAAGAAUCCAGGAAUAGGAAAAGAUAAAAACAAUACAAUACGUUUUCUACGACUAUAUGGCCCAGUGCAAACCGGUAUGAAAGUGACAGAAGAAACUUAUGUGGAACAGCUUGAAAACCCAGAUAAUCCUCUGCAGUGUCCAAUCAAGUUGUAUGAUUUUUAUCGCUUUAAAUGUCCUCAGGGGGCCCGAGGACCUACAGAUGCCUUCUACUUGGUUCCUGAACCAGUGGUGGCACCAAAUAGCCCUAUAUGGUACUCUGUACAGCCUGUGAACGAGGAGGUGAUGGAGCAAAUGUUGACCCGAAUAUUAAUGGUUAAAGAGGUCCAGGAAGCACAUGCUUCAUCUCGACUUUCUGCAUAUUAAUCACAUCUAUAUAACCACAAUAUCAAAACUGUGUACAUACCCUUAUCUGUAAAGCAUGGUUAAAAUGUGUAGAUUCUUUGCUUUACCGUACUUUAUAUUCCACAGGAAAGGAGAUUUGCUUUGAGUAUACAAAGCAUUUACUGACCACAAUCUAUGUUUAUCUGUUUGUAGCAAAGCACAUUUUGGAGAUGAAAUGUUUGUUUUUGAUGAUAAUUUAAUGCUGACAUUGAGCACUGCAUGUACAGUGCUAACAUUCUUGUUUUGGAGUAAAUUAAGACUCCAAAUUUAUUUAAUUUUAUGUAAAUAUUUUGCUUUGGUCACUUAUUUUUCAUACAAGCAAAUACAUAUGAGGUCACUUCCUGUCACAAGUCUUGGAAUUCUAAAAUAUGUACCAUGUGAAAUACUGUACAUAUGAAAUAAUUGUUCGUUUGUAACAAGCGCUUAGCAAUUGUAUAAUUUAUUAAUCAGUUUAGUGCAAUGCAGCCAUAAUCAUGUUCUUAAUGAAACAUGCUGAAAUUAUGGAAUCGUACUGUUUUUUCUUUUCUCCUUUACAAAAGGAUGAUGCUUCCAUGAUGGGCCUGGUCACAGAGAAAACAAAAACAGUCUUUUCAAAAAAUGAUAAAUGUUGUAUCCCUUAUUCUGAGAAUAACUGAAAGAUAGAAGUUUUGUUUUGUAUGUUUUUUUUUUUUUAAACAAGUGUAAACUGGGUUCAUAGGAAGCUUCAGAAUUGUUGGAUUAUUUCCAGCUUUUGUGUUUGACGUUGUGGGUGUAUUUGUGCCUAAAGUAAAAUGUCACUACAUUUGACACUUUAACACCUACUUUUGUGCAUACACAGAAUGAUUGCACAUCAUGCUGAGAAAAACUAACUAUACAACCUUACCUCAAAAUCCAGUCAUGCCGUGCCUUAACACAAUCCAGGCACUUGGAUUUAUUUCAGUGGUGACUGUAAUGUAAAUUUUGAUUACUUGUGUUUUUAGUAAGUUCACUUUUACAGGGAGAUUUGUAUAUUUUCACAGAAAAUUUAACAUGGAAAUCACUGAUUAAUAGGAAAAUGAGUUUGUUAUAUCUGAUGUAUGCUAGAUUUCUGGUAUCUUUGUUUAAUACAGAUUGAGCACUAAUUUUGAUUUGAAAUAAAAUUGCAAUUGAAUGUA